ACUGGAGCUACGCGUCUCGAAAUUGUCAAGCGCGUCGUCGAGUUCGUCCCUUGAAGUCAGUUUCCGAGGCAGCACAUCAAUAGGACACCAAUUGCUUUUGUCGUUUCUACAUCUUGAACCAUUUUCAAUAUCAACAAUACGAUGGUCACCUUGGACGAAGUUCUCGGUAGCGGUUUGCUACAGAAGCCCUCAGGCGAUGCGCCCGAGGCUCUCCAGCGCCAGAUCACCAACUACAAGCCCCUUCAGACAUUCCAGCUCGAAAAAACCCGCCCCUAUCAACAACAAUAUGCCGACAUCUACUUUCUGCGUCUUACAAAGAUCAGGCCCGCCGUCGAGGCAGCCGCCAGCGCCGCUUGGGAGGGAACAGUGCUUGGUGGUGAGAAGGUCAAGAAGGUCGAGCGUGUCCUAGACGUUCGCCAGGGAGAACUAUGCUGGGUAGCGGGAACAGUAUAUAUGGACAUGCCUCUGAAGCCCUCGAUUCUCGAGGAUGUCUCUAAGGAUCGCUGGAUCUCCGCUCCCACCUCGGUCGGCCACUACUACUCCGGCAACGUCGACGACUCGAUAAUGCUCGAAGACGACUCCGGCCGCAUCCGCCUUGUUGGCAACGCCCUUCAAAACCACUUCAUGGUGACCGGCUGCAUCGUAGCCGUAAUGGGCACCGAGAACGCCAACGGCGAGUUCGAAGUAAUCGACCUCCUCUUCGCCGAACUACCACCACAACCCGAGCGCUGGUCUCUCUCAAAAGGCAAAAAAGAAGAUUCCGAAGACAUCGAAAUGAUGGACGCCUCCUUCUCCGGACAUCCCUCCAAGCCUCCAUCCAAAAAAAUCGCCAUCGUCUCUGGCCUCGAGUUCUCCAACGCGGACACCCCCUACGCCAUGGAACUCAACCUGCUCCUCGAGUACCUCCUCGGCGAAGCCCUCGAUCCCUCCACGCAGCGCGACGAGCUCUCGCACAUCACCCGCCUCAUCAUCGCGGGUAACUCCAUCUCCACGACGGCGGCCGAGCACACCAAACCCGCGGCGGCCUUCGACACCACCACGCCCACAAACAAGUUCGCACCACCCAACCAGCACAAAAAAUACGGCUACGACAGCAGCUCCUACAACCCGAUCCCCUCGCAACUCUUCGACAACUUUCUAAGUGAACUCCUCCCCACCAUGCCCGUCACCUUGCUCCCCGGCGCCCUCGACCCCGCCAACGCGAGUUACCCACAACAGCCGAUUCACCCGGCCAUGUUCCCGCAGUCGAGGACGUACAUGUCACCCCCAAAAGUGGGAGUGGGCAAAGACAGAGAUGUGCCGGAGGAAGAAGAGCCAGGCUGGUUCGACAACGUGACGAACCCGUGGGAGGGCGAGAUCGAGGGGUGGCGGGUGCUGGGCACGGGCGGACAGAAUCUGGAUGAUGUGUUCAAGUAUGUGGAGAGCGAGGAUCGGUUGGGUAUGAUGGAGGCUAUGUGCAGGUGGAGGUGUGUGGCGCCGACGGCGCCGGAUACGCUUUGGUCCUACCCCUUCCAAGAAGACGAGCCCUUCGUAAUCAAAGAGUGUCCCCACCUCUUCUUCGUCGGCUGCCAGCCCGAGUUCGGGACGAAAGUGACCCACGGACCGGACGGGCAAGCGGUGCGGUUGAUUGCCGUGCCGUCGUUCUCGGAGACGAGGGAGGUGGUGCUCGUGGACACGGAGACGUUGGAUGUGGAGAGGGUGAAGAUUGUUGCUGAGUAACUUGUAAGAAAUGAUAUCCGUAGGCUGGGCUGUGCGUGGGUGGG